UAAGGCAAUUUAGAAGUAGCUAAGCAAAGAAUAUUAUCUCAGUGACCACAAGCUAUUCACGCUAAAGAAUGGAAGACGAGAAAGAGAUAGAAAUAAUGGGCGUACCACUAAUGGCUGAAGGUAUGAAGAUAGUUUGUCUGAAAUCAGAUUACAACAACAAAUUUUUGCGUUACAAGUAUGAAGAUGUUCAAACACAUGGUCUUCUUCAGUUUGCUGCUAACCAAGUUAUGGACCCAUAUGCCCAAUUUGAGGUCGAGAAAUCCAACACUUAUGAUGGUCUUGUCCAUCUCAAAUCCCGCUACAAUAACAAAUAUUUUGUCAGGUGGUCGCCUAAUCACUACUGGAUUACUGCAUCAGCUAACAAAGUAGAUGAAAAUCAAAGCAAUUGGAGUUGUACAUUGUUCAAGCCAAUAUAUUUCGGUGAUAAUAAUGAUGAUACACAAAAAAUGCGACUUUUACAUGUCCAACUUGGUCAUUACGCAUGUUUGUUGAGGCCUAAUGCCUCUUUUGAUUCAUGCUUAUUUGCAGGGUCAAAAGAAAUUGAUAAUGACUCAUGUGAUGUUUUCACUUUUGUAAACUGGGAAUCACUGUUUAAUUUACCCAAACAUGUUGCAUUUAAGGGGGAAAAUGGUAAAUAUUUAGGUGCAUUUGAACACAAAGGGAUUCCAUGUCUACAAUUUUCUUAUGACAAUCUUGACAAUCCUAAGGUCGCCCACGAGUUGUUCGAAGCUCCUGAUGGUACACUUUGCAUAAAAUCGAGUCAUGUUGGAAAGUUUUGGAGAAUUGGUGACGGUGAUUGGAUUGUAACUGAUGCAAAUGAUCCCCGCGGUAGUAGCAACACUGGUGCAAUGUUUAGGGCUGUUGUGCGUGACGUUAACGUCGUUGCACUUCUAAACAUGUCCAAAACUUGGUUUUGUAAGAGAUAUACUCUCAAUGACAAGGAAAGCUUCCUGAAUGCUGCUACUCAAAAUGUUGACGAAUUUGCAAUACUAAAGAUGAUUGAUUUGGGAACAGGGUUAUCCUGUGUAUAAAAGCAAGACUUGUCUGUGGAAUUGUUUAGGCGUAUCGCCUCGUUGUGAUUCAUCGAAUAUCUUUCCGUUUCCUACUUUCCCAUUUGGGUUGGGAACCAAGUUUGGUGUGUGGUCUGUUGUGCACUUUUUUUUUUUAAAUAAUAUAUUUCUUUUAACCUUCUUAAGUUGUAAAAUUUCUUUUCGGAUAUGAAUUCAUAUAUUAAAUAUUUGGGUUUUUUCUAAACUAUGCCCCUUAGGUUAUUGAAAAUCUAAGUUGUACUCAUGCUUUUUCAAAGUUAUAAGUCGUGCCCUCCACUUCAAAAUAUUUUAUCAACAAUACCCUUUGACAGUCAUAUCUGUUAAUGGAAGCUAAGUUAUUUUAUCGACAAUGAUGUCAUGACAUUAUUUAUUUGACACGUAUUCCAUUCUAAUUGGUUUAACACUUUAAAAAAAUUAAAAAAUCAGAAAAUAAAAUAAUAAAAAAGGUUAUUGUUAACGUCAAAAGUUAUUGUUAAUAAAAAUUAGUGAGGUUGAGGGCACAACUUAGACGUUUGAAAAAGCAUGGACACAGCUUAGAAAACGAAGAAGUUUAGGGGCAUAACUUAGAAAAACCUUAAAUAUUUUUUUGUUUUUUGAUCGAAUUUUAAAUUCGGUAUCUAUCUCACCUAACCCAUGCUCGGGCCUAUUUUGGCAUGAAAAGCAUUUCUUUUGAAAAUUUGGACACAUCACAUCAUGCAGCAAGUGUGUUAUUUAGACACACUCAUACACCAUAACAUGUAGCAAUCCAUCAAGCAAAAAACAAAUCCUCCAUCAAAAGAGAUAAGAAGAAUUCGGUCUUUCAUAAGAUUAAAAUCGUCCUAAUAAAGAUAAUGAAAAGUCUUUACAUUACUCGAUAAAAAAAUGACGUCCCUUUAAGAAAAGAAAGAGUUAUUAUAGACCUAAAAAAAAAAACUUGUUUAUAAUAUGUGGACCAUAAUUGACACGUCAAUUGUAUAUGUACAUUAUUGUCAUGAUUUUACACUACAUCUUAAAGUGUACUCCCU